UAUAAGGGAGACAGCUUAGCGAUUUUUUUUUCCCUUAUGAAGCUGCACAUAUCAAAACGUACAUUUUGUUGUGUGUUGACCAUGCGUUCAGGCUUAUUGUCAAAAUGUUUGCUGCAUCAGGGUGACCCUCCCAUAAAGUGGUGGUUGACCCCGUAUUUGUCUCCUGGCCAUGUAGAUGAAUAUGGACGUCGGCUUUCACCUUUGUUUUUCCUGAAGUCCUCAUUUUGGUCACGACGACAGAAGGCUGAUCGUGUGACCUUUGAAGAUGAAAUAGAUGUUGAUCCUUCAUCUAAUGACGCUUUUGAACCAGUGUCCCCAGAAUUCCACGGGAAAGAACUAACUCCCUACUUUUCCUUCCUUCCUUUCUCCCAUCCCUCUUUCUUUCUUUUUUUUUUUUCCUUCCUAGAUCUGGUACUUGACAUAUAUGAAGGCCAAAUCACUGCAAUACUUGGACAUAGUGGAGCUGGAAAAUCAACACUGCUGAACAUUCUUAGUGGGUUGUCUGUUCCCACCAAAGGCUCAGUCACCGUGGAUAAUAAUCAACUUUCAGAAAUGGCUGACCUAGAAAACAUCAGCAAGCUCACUGGAGUGUGUCCACAAUCCAAUGUGCAAUUUGACUUCCUCACUGUGAGAGAAAACCUCAGGCUGUUUGCUAAAAUAAAAGGGAUUCAGCCCCAGAGACUAGUCAUUUUCUUCAUGCUAUUGAAGGCGAUGUCAAAUAACAUAUAUAUUUUUUUGAACCCCAGUUUGCAGUUGAAUGAAAUGUGUGUUCAGGAAAAAAUAACAUCACUUGUUAAACAGCACAUCCCUGAUGCCAAAUUAUCAGCAGAAAGUGAAGGAAAACUUGUCUAUACAUUGCCCUUAGAAAGAACAAAUAGAUUUCCAGAACUUUACGAGGACCUGGAUCAGCGUCCUGACCUGGGCAUUGAGAAUUAUGGGGUUUCCAUGACAACCUUGAAUGAGGUGUUCCUAAAGCUAGAAGGAAAAUCAACUAUUGAUGAACCAGAUGUUUCCAUUUUGGGAGAAGUAUCGGCAGAAAGAGCUGGAGAGACAGAAAGUCUUGUCGAGAUGGAGCAAGUUCUCUCUUCACUUAAUGAGAUGAGAGAAAUAGUAGGUGGCAUGGCUCUGUGGAGACAGCAGGUCUGCGCAAUUGCAAGGGUUCGCUUUUUAAAGUUAAAGCACGAAAGAAAAGCUCUUUUAUCACUGCUGUUGGUUCUAGGAAUUGGAUUUUUGCCUGUGCUUUUGGAGUACAUCAUCUUGAAAAUAUAUCAAAGCAGUUACACUUGGGAACUUUCUCCUGAUAUAUACUUCCUUGCUCCUGGACAACAACCACACGAUCCUCUCACUCAAUUAUUAAUCAUCAAUAAAACAGGGGCAAGCAUUGACGACUUUAUACAUUCUGUGAAGCAUCAGAACGUAGCCUUGGAAGUGGAUGCCUUUGGAACUCGCAGUGGCUUAGAUGAUCCAUCUUAUAAUGGAGCCAUCAUCGUGUCUGGUCAUAAAAAGAAUUACAGCUUUUCAUUAGCCUGCAAUACCAAAAGACUGAAUUGCUUCCCAGUUCUCAUGGAUAUUGUUAGCAACGGGCUGCUUGGAAUGGUUAAACCAUCAGCACGUAUCCAAACUGACAGAAGUACAUAUUUGGAGGAAGACAAUAAUCCAUUUGACCUCCUGGUCCCUGCCAUAUUCUGGUUGAUUUUGGCAUCCAGCUGUGCUCCGUACAUAGCCAUGAGCAGCGUUGAUGAUUAUAAGAACAAAGCUUGGUCCCAGCUACGGAUCUCGGGGCUCUUCCCUUCUGCUUACUGGUUUGGGCAGGCGCUGGUGGAUGUUCCGAUGUACUGGUUGAUAUUCCUUUUCAUGUACCUGAUGGACUACCUUUUAACCCUCCAAGAUUCCUUAUUUAAAAGCAUAAAUCAGAUGAUGCAAAUCCCUUGUGCCAUCGGUUACGCCAUAUCACUUAUCCUCUUUACAUAUAUAAUUUCAUUCAUUUUUCGCAAGGGAAGAAAAAAUAGUGGCAUUUGGUCAUUUUGCUUCUUUAUUAUCACCCUCUUCUGUGUGACUUUAUUUGUGGUGGAUACCUACAGUUCACUUUUUAUCAUCACCUUUUUAAUACCACACACCACAUUAUUGGGCUGUGUGUUCAUAUCUUUUCAUCUUUUUAUGUUUCCUCUGUUUAAUGGAGAACCAGCCGGCACAGAGUCCUUCCUGGUAUUCCUAAUUCCUUUCCUUCAUUGUAUCAUCUUUGUUUUUAUUCUUCGAUGCCUGGAAUGGAAGUUUGGGAAAAAGUCAAUGAGAAAGGACCCGUUAUUUAGAAUUUCUCCAAGAAACAGCGAUGUGUGCCCAAAUCCAGAAGAACCAGAAGAAGAGGACGAAGAUGUGCGGAUGGAAAGACUGAGAACAGCAAAUGCUUUGAGCUCCACAAACUUUGAUGAGAAACCAGUCAUCAUUGCCAGCUGUCUACGCAAGGAGUAUAUGGGGAAGAGGAAACACUGCUUUUCCAAGAGGAAGAAGAAAAUAGCCACGAGAAAUGUCUCUUUCUGUGUUAGAAAAGGUGAGGUUUUGGGAUUAUUAGGACACAAUGGAGCUGGUAAAAGUACAUCCAUUAAGGUGAUAACUGGAGACACAAAACCAACUGCUGGACAGGUGCAACUGAAAGGGAGCAGCGAAGGGGCCCCCCUGGGGUUCCUGGGGUACUGUCCUCAGGAGAACGCGCUGUGGCCCAACCUGACGGUGAGGGAGCAUCUGGAGGUGUUGGCGGCUGUGAAAGGGCUGAGGAAAGCGGACGCCGAGGUCGCCAUCUCACGGUUGGUGGAUGCGCUCAAGCUGCAGGCCGAGCAGAAGCGUCCUGUGAAGGCCUUAUCGGAGGGAAUAAAGAGAAAGCUGUGCUUCGCGCUGAGCAUCCUGGGAAACCCGUCGGUGGUCCUGCUGGACGAGCCGUCCACCGGGAUGGACCCCGAGGGGCAGCUGCAGAUGUGGCAGGCGAUCCGAGCCACCUUUAAAAACAUGGAGAGGGGAGCCCUCCUAACCACCCAUUACAUGGCAGAGGCUGAGGCUGUGUGUGACCGUGUGGCCAUCAUGGUGUCCGGGAGGCUGAGGUGUAUUGGUUCCAUCCAGCACCUGAAGAGCAAAUUUGGCAAGGAUUACCUGCUGGAGAUGAAGGUGAAGACCCCCACCCAAGUGGAGCCCCUCCACACUGAAAUUCUGAGGCUUUUCCCCCAGGCUGCACGGCAGAACAGGUACUCAUCCCUGAUGGUGUAUAAGUUGCCGGUGGAAGAUGUGCAACCUUUAGCCCAAGCUUUCUUCAAACUAGAGAGGGUUAAACAGAGCUUCGACCUGGAGGAGUACAGCCUCUCACAGUCCACCCUGGAGCAGGUUUUCCUGGAGCUCUCCAAGGAGCAGGAGCUAGAUGAUUUUGAUGAGCAUGUUGAUCUCUCAAUGCAGUGGAAGCUGCUCCCUCACGAAGAGCCUUGAAGCCCCACCUACCCUACAUUUCUGUUCAAGCCUGUGGUUGUUUUUUUAAGACAUUUAUUUUUAUAGCAUCAAUGUAUAUUUUUAGAAAUUAUAUUGUAGACACUGACAUGGUUUUUCAUGUGGUAGAGAGGAGGAGUGAGGGCUGGGCAAAUUCAGGGACAACCUGGACAGAGGCCCCUGACUGAGCCCACCUCCCAGUCACAGCCUUCAUAUCUCUGCAGGUCACCCUGAUCCCAUUUUUCUGUAUAAAGCUGAAUAAAUCAAUUUACUUUUAUAAGAUUGUUUCUGUUUCUGAAUAUAAUAUACAAAUUUUGUUUAAUUUUUUUAUCAAAAACUUCAAACCACUAUUUUCUAACCUAGACUGAGAAAUCCAUAUAUUUGCUCUCUUGAAAGUUUGAUACUUUGUAAAGCUGAUAUUUUAGUAAAAUUUAAGUGAUGAUGUCAAAAAGUACCAUACUUAUUGAAAUAGAUUUUAAAAUAUUUUCUUAUGGCUAAAAAUAUUAAAAUAUCAUUGGUCAUAAUACCUGAUAUCAAUAUAUUUGACAACAUAUCCAAUGGUAACACUAUCAACAAUAUAGACAUUGUCUGGAAAACUAAAAACUUUCUAUUAGGAACUUAUUAUACUUUUUUUUUAAUUUCUAUAAACCAACGGAGUCCUAUUUUCAUUGUGUUUUUAAACCUAGGCUAAAGAUGCUUAUAUUGUAACUCAUCUUUUAUGGAUAUCUGACACUUCAUCUCAGAAAGUUGAUAAAUGUCUUAACAGGUCAAAUGACCAAGUUGGUGAAAAAUAUAAAAUAAAUUUCAUAUAUGUAGUUUUGAAAUAUGUUUUCUAUUUCAAGUA